AUCGAGAUUUUUAUUUGAAGUAUUAUGAAACAUUAUAAAUACAUCUGACUACGUGAAUUCCGAAAAUACCCUUCGCUAGAAUGCACGUUCCGCGUGCUCGUCAACCACAGUUAGAUAUCACUAUAGCUCUGGUAAUUUGUUAACUUAACCACGGUUAAUACACGAUUACACUAUAAAAACCCGCCUCGACGCUUUUCACCUCCCGCCAGUUCAUUCAGCUCCACGGAUUCCAAACUCCAUAACAAACUCUCCCAAGUUCAAAUUCAAAAUUCUCAUUUUCUCUCUCUAACUUUUCAAACAAUGGUGGUUGCGCAGAAGCUGAAGGAAUCGGAGAUCACAGAGCAGGAUUCGCUUCUUCUGACAAGGAAUCUGUUGCGCAUUGCUAUAUUCAACAUCAGUUACAUCAGAGGCCUUUUCCCCGAGAAAUAUUUCAAUGACAAAUCCGUUCCGGCUCUAGACAUGAAGAUUAAAAAGCUUAUGCCUAUGGAUGCUGAAUCGCGUAGACUGAUUGAUUGGAUGGAGAAAGGUGUUUAUGAUGCUUUGCAGAAAAAAUAUCUGAAAACACUCUUGUUCUGUGUCUGUGAGGCCGCGGAUGGUCCAAUGAUUGAGGAGUAUGCAUUUUCAUUCAGCUACUCUAAUACUGACAGUCAAGAGGUUACCAUGAACAUCAACCGUAGUGGGACAAAGAAGGGAGGAACGUUCAAGUACAACUCCACAACAGAGAUAACUCCCAGUCAGAUGAGGAGCUCAGCAUGCAAAAUGGUCCGUACGUUAAUUCAACUAAUGAGGACUUUGAAUAAGAUGCCAGAUGAGCGCACUGUACUGAUGAAGCUCCUGUAUUACGAUGAUGUCACGCCAAUGGAUUAUGAGCCACCUUUCUUCAGAGGCUGCACAGAAGAAGAAGCUCAGAAUCCGUGGACUAGAAAUCCCUUGAAGAUGGAAGUUGGCAAAGUGAAUAGCAAACAUUUAGUACUAACUCUGAAGGUUAGGAGCGUACUCGAUCCUUGUGAAGAUGAAAACGAUGACAAUCAAGAUGAUGAGGUUAGCUUGGGAGCAGAUUCCGUCCAAAAAGAUGAAGACACUGAUUCUGACAGUGAGAUCAGCAAUUCCGAUGAUGAUCAAUACAUCGUAGCACCCAUAGAUAAAAAGCAGAUUCAAGAAGAUAAUGGAGCACUCGAUGAAGAUGAUACACAGGAUCCUGCAGAAGAUGAACAACAGUUUGGACGAGUAAAGGAUUGGAUCAGUUCAUACCACCUUGACACAGUUGAGCUUACUGAUGUGCUCUCAAAUUUCCCUGACAUCUCAGUGAUUUUGAUUGAAGAAAUUAUGGACAAGCUGGUGAAGGAGAGUUUUAUAUCGAAAGCUGCAGAGGAGAGUUUUAUCAUUAAUAACAGAAAGAAGUUUGACUAUGAGUUUGAUGCUGUGAAAGAAGAAGUCGAUGGAAAAUAUGGAAAUUCGAGUGUAGAUCACAUGUACAUGAAGGCCUUAUAUCACACUCUUCCAAUGAACUACAUAUCAGUGACAAAACUUCAGAACAAACUUGAAGGCGAAGCCAGCCAGACCACAGUACGCAAGCUUAUCGACAAAAUGACACAAGAUGGCUUCGUUGAGGCCGGUAGCAAUCGCAGACUUGGCAAGCGGGUGGUUCACUCUGAUCUCACUAAGAAAAAGCUCGUUGAAAUCAAAAAGCUCUUAAACUUAGAUGCUAUGGACCUGGAUAAGCAGGAAUCGCUAGUAAACAAGUCCAACCAUGCAGAACACGAUAAUACUGCCGGCAACAAGAACAAGGACUUAUCGACGUGUGGUGGGCUCCACUCCAUUGGAUCAGAUAUCACACGAACAAGAGGUAGAUCUGAUGCAUACAUCAACGUCUCUACUAGGAAUACUCCGACUAGCAGGGCUGAGCCGGCAGCUUCUAGAGAGAGUUUUGUGCCUGGGGCUGAUAAUGACAGAGCUAAUGCGAAUACUAACCAUGGUGAUGACAUGGACAUUGUCAUGGAAAGCAUGCCUACUCAGGACAAACGCUUCAGAAAAACAAGCACGGCAAAGGACCCUAUCCUGCAGUACUCAAAGCGCCAGAAAUCUCAAGCUGUCUGAAAAUUUGUCAUGUCGUGAUCCUACUUAAAUGGUCGUCUAUCUGGGGCUAUUCACUUUCUCCGUUUCCCUGCUUCAAGCCCUUGUUUCGUUUAUUCAGCACGUAAAGGUUAUUUCUGUAUACAAUUAUGACUGUGUAUAUAUUUCGUUUUGUACGAACUAGUUCCACUUAAAAACUGAGACGACAGUUGCAAUAUGGCGUCGAAAUGUUAUGUGUAUCAGGUGCUAUCUAUGACUAUGGAGUUUUGUCACCACUUGACUG